CGAUAGAGGAGAAGGCUGAGCUGAUCCGACGAGACGGCGAGGUUAGACAGCUUUGGAAGGGACUAAGGGAGGCACACGAGCUCGAGUAGGCGGUCCUCAGCAGCUCAAGGCUCUUCCUCUCUCGGUCACCUCCACGUUCUCCGAGUUCCGGCGUUCGACAUCCGACGACGCGGCGUCUAGACUUACAUUCAGAUGGAAAGAAAGCAUGAUAUUGCAGAGGAAGAACAAAUAUAUCAUGCUCAUUCUAACAUAUCAAAUAACUUGGGUAAUCCGGUCAAACCUGCCCGUAACUCUUCUUGUCCAUCUGAAUCCGGAUGUGAGCAGACAGACGUGCGUGAAGUCCUAGCAAAUGGUCUCCCAAAUGAUAUAAAUCUUUACAGACAAGAUGUUGUCAGACACAUCAAGCAUGAAGGCUCGCUUGGAGUGGUUAUGGAAGUGGCCGGCGAUUUGGAUUCUGAAGGCAGUAUUACUGAUGACAGUGACAUUGAUGAUAAUGCAGAUGAGAAUAAUGUUUAUGAUGGUGUAGAUGCUGACGAUGCUAACAAAAAUGGUGAGAUGUAUGAUGGGGAGAAGAAUGAAACUCUUCCAGAUGGCCAAGUUAGAAUACUGUGGACAGAUGGGUCCGAGUCUACAGACAAUAUUAAAGAUGUCACUGUUGUAGAUAGGGGUUUCUUGCACGGGGAUAUUGUUGCUUCUAUUGCAGAUCCAACUGGACAAUUGGGCCUUGUUGUGGAUGUCAGCAUCAGGGUUGAUCUGCAAAAUUCUAAUGGAGAAAUAAUACAGAAUAUUUCCACUAAAGAUCUCAAACGCAUCAGAGAAUUCACUAUUGGAGAUUAUGUUGUCCUUGGACCAUGGCUUGGCCGUGUAGAUGAUGUUUUAGAUAAUGUGACUGUUUUGUUUGAUGAUGGAUCUGUUUGUAAAGUUGUAAAAGCUGAUCCAUUGAGACUCAAGGCAGUUUCAAGACCUGUCAUUGAUGAUGCAAAUUCUCCAUACUACCCUGGUCAGCGGGUCAGGGCGGUUUCUUCUUCGGUUUUCAAGACUUCUAGAUGGCUUUCUGGCUUGUGGAAAGCUAACCGCCUUGAAGGUACUGUUACUAAAGUUCAGUCAGCAUCUGUGAUAGUUUAUUGGAUGACAUCGGCUUACCUUGGUGUUGGCACUACUUCUGAUGAUGUUCCCUCUGAAGAACAAAAUCCAAAGGAUCUGACCCUGUUGUCUUGUUUUUCAUAUGCAAAUUGGCAGUUAGGUGACUGGUGUCUCCUUCAAGCAUCAGUUGCAAAUAAGACCUUGGAAUCUUUAAACCUUCAAGAGACCAUGGAAGGUUGUGAGACAACAUGCCCAAGAGAAUGCUUAGUGGAUGACUCUUUAGAUUACGAUUCAACGCCUAACACUAGAAGCACUGAACAAGUCUUGGCACUUCCGAAUAUACUUAAAGAUAACGAUCCAUCUGAGACAGAAAUCACACUACUUGCAGCAGUAGAUUUUAAAAAUAAUGAGGAUUCUCAUAACAAUGAUGCUAAGGAUCACCUAGUUGCUGAACAAUUGAUAGAUGGCUAUACACAGAAUUCCUGGACAUCAAAAGUUGGCAGUAACUUGAAGUUGCAGGACAGUGAUUCAAUGAAUCAGGACAAAAUGUCCGGUGAAAGUAUUCUAACAGAGUCUAUUGAUGUGAUGCCAGAGUGUGGUUCUUGCAGUAUCUCAUCAUCCAUUUCAAAGGAACCUGCUCAUGAUGGUUGGCCUGCAUAUCGCAAGAAACUCCGUAAAGUUUUAUUUAAAAGAGACAGGAAAGCUUGUAGAAAAAAUGAGACAUUUGAAAGAGCUCUUUUUAUUGUGAAUACUGUAACAAAGGUUGAUGUGGCCUGGCAAGAUGGAACAAGGGAAUAUGGAUUAGAAUCCACAUCUUUUAUUCCAAUUCGUGCUCCAAGUGAUCAGGAAUUCUUUCCUGAACAGUAUGUGGUGGAGAAGGCCUCAAAUGAAGCUGAUGAUUUGGCUGAAAAUAAUCGAGUUGGGAUAGUAAAAAGUGUGAAUUCAAAGGAGAGAACUGUUUGUGUUAGAUGGUUUAAACCAGUUUCUAGUCCAGAAGAUCCUCGAGAAUUCUCUUGUUAUGAAGUUGUAAGUGCGUAUGAACUUGACGAGCAUCCUGAUUAUGACUACUGCUAUGGAGAUGUUGUUGUUAGGCUGUCCCCAGCAUCAACUACUGAUUCAUAUCUGGAAAUUCCCUCAAAGAAUCUUGGAGAACAAGCUGAUGUUGCAGAAUCCGAGGCUGAUGUAUCUAAGAAACAUAUAGAAUGCGAUUCAGAAUAUUCAAAAGGUGAAGCAUGGGCGAAAUUUAGAUCUCUUUCCUGGGUAGGAAAUAUAACAGGCCUGCAAGAUGGUGAUAUUGAGGUGUCAUGGGCUGAUGGGAUGGUUUCAAAGGUUGGCCCUCAGGCUGUUUAUGUUGUUGGUCGAGAAGAUGAUGAAGACUCGUUUGAAGGUGGAAGUGACAUUAGCGAUGACGGUGCUAGUUGGGAAACAGUUAAUGAAAAUGAAAUGGAUGAUGAUGCUGAGAAGGAAGCUGAUUCACAAAGUGCCAACAAUAUUCCUGCUUGUGAAAACUUGCAGGACAUUCCUGAAGAAGAUACUGUUCCAGGGAAAACAGGGGCUCUUUCUGUAUCUCUUGCUGCUAUCAACUUUGUUACCAGAUUGGCCACAGGAUUGUUUUCAAGGAAUAGAAGACAUUCAGAUUUAUCAAAUUCAGAUCACAAUGACCUCGGUGGUUUGGAAGCUCAGGAUAGUCCAGUGGUUACAGUCAACGGAACAACAACUGACACAGAUUUAGAGGCUUCUGAGAACCAGAGUCAAGUGGAAACAACCGGAGAUGCUGAAAGGGUGGCAGCUGUAAUGACUGAAAGCUCAACAUCAGAUUCUGCUAGUCCAGGAGCACAUUCACAGGGUGGGACGGAGAGCUUUAAACAUUUUGACAUCAGUGAUACUCCAUCAGAUAAUUAUUUUUUAAGCAACAUUGGGCAGGGUAGUGGCGAAAGGAAAUGGGUCAAAAAGAUUCAACAGGAGUGGAGCAUUCUUGAGAAGAAUUUGCCAGAUGCUAUUUACGUGAGAGCUUAUGAGGACCGAAUGGACUUAUUAAGAGCUGUGAUAGUAGGAGCUUCUGGAACUCCUUAUCAAGAUGGUCUUUUCUUUUUCGAUUUUCAUCUUCCACCUGAAUACCCUCAAGUUCCUCCGCAAGCGUACUAUCAUUCUGGUGGUCUGCGUGUAAACCCCAAUCUCUAUGUGGACGGGAAGGUUUGCCUAAGCCUUUUGAAUACCUGGACGGGCAGAGGAAAUGAAGUGUGGGACUCUUCAUCUUCAAGCAUCCUUCAGGUGUUAGUUUCUCUUCAAGGUUUGGUUCUUAAUUCUAAACCGUACUUCAAUGAAGCUGGAUACGAAAAGCAAGUUGGAACAAUAGAAGGGGAGAAGAAUUCCAUACCCUACAAUGAGAACGCAUAUCUACUGAAUUUGAAGUCAAUGCUGUAUAUCAUGCGUCGCCCUCCCAAGCAUUUUGAAGCUUUUGUCAAGGAUCACUUCCAAAGACGUGGCUAUUAUAUCCUCAAAGCCUGUGAGGCUUACAUGGCUGGUUGCUUAAUUGGGACACUUACCAAGGACGCCUGCACAACUGAAAAGAGUAAGGAACAGUCCUCUUCUGUUGGUUUCAAGCUAAUGUUAGCUAAAAUCUUGCCAAGAUUGCUUGCCUCAUUAACUGAAAUUGGAGUCAAUUGCCAUCAAUUUGAACACCUAAUCAUGUCUUAAAAAAACUCUCAUUUAAAUCAAUCCAUCUUUUAAUUCAAGGCUUAGGCUUCUGAGACUCUGUUCUUGGCUGCUGUGAAAAUAUUUUUCCAGCUUGGAAAUGAAGGGCUGUGAUUAUAUAAGCCCUGCAUUCAAAUUUCUUUUUUGUAUUAUUCUCUCUCUCUCUCUCUCUCUCUCUCUCUCUCUCUCUCUUCCUUUGUUUUAUCUGCUGGCAUUGUUUGAAAUUGUUCAAAAUGAAAGAGAGAAGAUGAUAAAAACCUGUAGCGGUAUAGGUGGUAAUUGGUGUCAUUGCUCAUCAAUGAGAAUUUGAUGUUUUCAUAGGCUGGAAGUUAAACAUUGUAAUUAUAUGCACAUUUGAUCUCUUAUUGAGGCCAUUUUGAGCUCAGCCUGUUUUCUUUGCA